AUGACUAAAUCCAUUUUGUGUGCUGUCUUUAUCAUCCUUAUUCUAGGGGUGAUGGCGAAUGAGAUUCAAGAAAACAAGUGUGGUGAGGUUUUACCACAAGUAGAUUGUGGUGGUGGUGGUGCUUGUGGCGCUCUGUGCCGUCAACUAAAGCACGGAAUCCCUCAGUGCCUUCCGACAUCUAAUGGAAAAUUAGCAUGCUACUGUACUUAUUUAUGCCCUCCUUGA